AUGGCGCGCGGUGAGGUCGUCAAAGAAGAAGAUCUGAUGGAUGGUCUGAGUAUAUUCUUCAUAAAGCACCUCGGGAUCUGGAACACAGUCACCACAUACAGGAAAUCUGGGAAGCUCAACCUCGUCUUCAAGGUUCAAUGGUUCGUCACAAUUCUCUGUUUAUCUUUUCCCAUCUUCCAGAUCAUGUGUCCAGCAUUCAUACAAAUAGAUCUAGAAAAGGCCACCAUAAUCCUGCUGAACACCGUAUCCUUCUUACAGAUGACGUUCAAACAGGGUGUCUUCUUGAUGAAUAUAAAGGACCACGCCAUAUUACUGGAAGUCAUGACUAAGAAUAUAAUCACCAGCCUCCCGGAAUACAAGAAGGCUCACGCGAGAAAAAUAUACAACAAAAUAUCUAGAAGGUGUAAUAUCUGGUGCUUGUCAGCUGUGAUUAUAACUUUUAUCGCUGUGGCAUUCUGGAAUGUGAAUCCUCGCAUUAAUUCAGAAUACAUCGCGAACCAUGUUGGAAAUAUGAAGGAUGUGACGACGGGUCCGAAGAAGAUCCUCGGAGGAUGGUAUCCUGUCCCAUUCACCAGGAGUCCAUGGGCGGAAAUCGUCUACGUUUACGAGUUCUGCUUGUUCGCCUGGUGCGGAUUCACUGUUGCACUUUACGAAAUGGUGAUUACGAUGGAAGUGAUGACGCUUCAUGCGCAGAUGUCUGUACUUAGUUACCACAUAAAGACUCUAAAUAAGAAGGAAAUAGUCCAAUACAGUGGCAAGAAAGGGCUGACUCAAAGAGAAGUAGAAGAUUUGUUCUACAAGGAACUUCUAGCGAUUAUUCGCGACCACAAGACGCUUCUCAGGUACCUUAAGCUAUCUAUAUUACUAUUAUAA